UUCUCAUGUGACAUGUAAGAAGUCCGGCUGGUUUUCUGCUCCCACACAUCAGAACAACAUCUCAUUGAUUCGCCUCUCUCCGAGCCAAAAUAUGGGUUCGCUGGAUAAUUUUGUAUGUCUUCAAUGCAUCACGGAACCGUCUCAAGAGCGUGAACCAGAUAGCGAGGACGAAAAUGUCACAGCUCUCUCUUGGUUGCUUGUGAACGCUAAAUCGAACGAGCUUGGAAGUGUCCAGCACAGUGUUGUGAAAUCUUCAGAAGAUAUUUCGGAUAGUACGACCACCAGUGAACUCAGUGAAGCCGAACAACUGGAACUAGCGUUGCGGCAGUUUGAGGAUUUCUUGGAGGAGAACUUAGCGAAUCAAGGUGAAAAAUGGUGUGUGGUAACAGACGGAGACCUAACACUAAGACAUUAUUUACACUGCGAAGCCAUUAAGAAGAAACUCAAGCUUUCACACAACUUCUACACGUAUUAUGACCUCAGGAGAGAGUUUCGGAAAAUCGCCAAGAAUGGGACAGAAUUUAACAGUCUUGAAGAUAUUAUCUCCUAUUGUAAUAUCGAUACAAAUAACAAUAAUCCAGCUGGUCUGGACUAUUGCAGGCUCAUGGGAAAUGCUAUGCAGUACUUAAUUAGUAAAGGUCAUGUAUUUAAGGAACCCGAGAAGAUUAGCGCGAAAUAUGAGCCUGGACCGUGCAUCGGUCCAGUUUUAGACGAGACGGUGUUACGAGCGAGAGGACUCCCCUGGCAAGCAUCGGAUCAAGAUGUGGCGAAUUUUUUUCGUGGGCUCAAUAUUAUGAGAGGAGGGAUAGCCUUCUGUUUGAAUAUGCAAGGGAGAAGAAACGGUGAAGCCUUCAUACGGUUUGAGAGCGGAGAACACAAAGAUUUGGCCCUUAAAAGACACAAGAUGCAUCUAGGAACGAGAUAUAUUGAGGUGUACAAAGCAACAGCCCAAGAUUUUUUACGAAUUGUCAGAGGACCUAUAGACGUAACACAGAUCGCAGCAAACUUUGUAUCGACAAAAGCUGAAGUCAUAGUGCGCAUGCGUGGUCUUCCGUUCAGCACAAAGCCAACAGAAGUCGUAAAAUUCUUCGGAGAAGACGCUCCAGUAUAUCGGGGGGAGACAGGGAUUUUAAUGGUUAGAGGUCGCAACGGUAAAGCCACAGGAGACGCGUUUGUACUUUUCGAAACAGAAGAACACGGCCGCGCCGCCUUAAAAAAACACCGGGAAGUCCUCGGCUCCCGAUACGUGGAACUUUUCCGCAGCUCACAGAGUGAAGUUCAACAGGUUCUUAGCACGUCUAGUAAUCUUAUGGCGGGAAUGCCUCACUUAGCUAUGCUUCCAUCACCGCUACAUCAACACCCGCCGUUCCAUCCACCGGUGUUUUUACCUCCUCCUCCCCCUACACCGUACACGGCUAAUGCCGGGGGGAAUGCCAAGGACUGUUUAAGGUUACGAGGACUUCCGUUCUCGGCUUCUGUGCAGGAUGUGCUGGAUUUCAUGAAGGAGCAUGCGGCGUACGUCGCGCCUGGUGGAGUACAUAUGGUUUAUAAUACACAGGGCCGACCAUCUGGCGACGCUUACGUCCAGCUUAUCUCCCAAGAGGUCGCCCAGGCUGCGGCCAGCGACUUACACAAGAACCACAUGGGCGAACGAUACAUCGAAGUAUUUCCAUGCUCGAAUUCUGAAAUCGCUGCUGUUAUCGCCAGCAGCACAUUGAACCAAACAAAAAUCCCACCAAUGGGAAACAUGUCUUACACCCCUACAUGUACGUAUCCCGUCACCUCAGGGAUCAUGGGCUAUGCUAACUCAAGUCACAUGAAUGGCCACACGGUGGAUUCGCCAAUGGUACCCUCACCCUCUCGAAGCCCACCUACUAUGUUUGUACAUCAACAGACACCUUAUUACAACUGCGUGUUGCCUUCCAAUGGACUGGGGUGUAGCCCACUCAAUUAUUACCCUAAUAACUCGACAGGAGCCAUGAGGGUUAGAAUGGCCCCGUACGUUACACCUGCCUAUGAGAUGGUACCAGUCUUUCACCAUGGAUAUCAGGUGGGAGAAUACGGUGUAGGUCACUGCAGAUAAUUUAUUCAACACUUCUUCAACUACAAUCUUCAAAGACAUCCAGUAUCCAUGACAACAAAGACGAUUCUCUUCAAAAAACAACAAUACAACCUUCAGCAGUAGGUGACUUAAUUCGAGACAUGUCUUCAAAAAAUAUUAUUUAAUAUAGGACGGAAAAAUGAAUUCAAAAGUUGAGACUUAAAGACUGACCAAGAUUAACUGGUGUCAGUGAAUUAUUCUGAUCAAAUCAAAGGUUCAAAAACCUAUUAAGUUAAAAGAAAUGAUAAUGUGAACAAAACACAAAGAAAACAAAAAACGCAUGCAAUAUUGCACAUGUGAAAAUUUUAGACUGAUUUUACCAGGAAAAGGAAUAGUUUCCUUCAUACAAGGUGAUGAUGGUACAAUUAAUUCUUAUAAAGACGCAAAGAUAAGAUGAUUGCAAUCAAAAGUUAGAAGUACAUUGCUGGCAAGCACAUAUUGACUGGUUUCAAUCAGCUGAAUGAAACCAUUUAAACUUUAUUAUGACAGGAAACUCUUCUCAAAUACAGCCAAGUAGUUUGAUAUUGAAAAAGUUGUCCUACRACUUAUAAAAAAUAUACUCAACUCCUGCAAAAAUGAUAUCUAUAAACACCAAUAUUUUAGGAGUAUAAGAAAUCCCUGGAUUUUUUGAAGAAUUUUUUUGACUGCUGUAAUUCUACAUCUAUCGUCAAAUUAUGUGUUCAGACUUUUUAUGUUUGCAUCAGUUUAAGAUUCACUAUGCAAAUGUUAAAAGAUUCAAAAUUCUAAAAGCAUGCAUAUAUAUUUGCACGUCGACUGACUCUUUCUCUCUGAUUAUAGACUGAAAAAUACAAUAUAAAAAACAUAGAAUAUACUUUUAAUUAGGAGAUAUAAUUAUCUUAAAUUCAUAUCAAUACACUCAGACAGGUGCACAAAACAGGUGCAAUGAUGAAGUGGAAUAUUAUUUUGAGUCAAGAGAAAAACAAUUCAGAGAUAUUAUUUCAAACCAAGAAGAUCCAUACAAAAAUUGAUCAUUUUUUUCUGAAAAAAAGGAAGGAAAAAAAAUGUAAAAGGAAAAGUUUCCAAAUCAAGAGAAUCUAAUUCAAAUAAGCUAGUACGAGUCAAAAACAUUUUUCAUUUAGAUAAUCACUGACUAAAUAUUUGAUUUUUCUCAUCAAUUCUAUCAGCUGCCAUCUCAAUAUCAAUAAGCACUAAUGAUGAAGAAGAUUAAAAAAUCAAAAUAUCAACUUGAAUUCACAAAUAUGGCACUUGACGUGCUGUCACGUAAUCACUGAGAAGAUUUUUUUAGAACAUUCAAAAUACUGUAUUAUAUUAUACCUACUUUAACGAAACUAUGAAAACCAUUCUUAUCAAAAAUAUUUUAAAUUAUGUUGGUAAAUAUUUCUGUUAAAUCAUUCAUCUAAAAUCAAAAAAGAAAUUGAUAAACUAAUGAUAAAAAUUAAAUUGAAAAGUUACCUUACAUUUAUUAUUUUGUGCAAAAAAUGGUCUAAGAUAUGAGGAUGUUUAUUGGCUAUUAUCAAAAUCAUAUCCCAGUAUAGUUUUGUGCUAAUUUAUGUAUUUAUUUCAUCAAGAAAUAGUUUUAUAAUUUGAAAGCAUGUUUCCAUCAAGUUCAUUAAUCAAACUCAGUUUCUUGAAAAUUAAAAACCAUUUUGGGGAACAUCCACAUCAGUUGCAAUUAACAGUAGAAAGAUGAGUCUUUCUUAAAUGUUGCCAUUGAAACAUGUAUGCAUUAUACCCCAAAAGGUAUUGAAUUCCUUGUACGAUAAUUAUUCUGCCUAGUAUUCCUUCAGCUAGUAUACCCUUGUAUGAAUAUUAGACUAGUAUUUUUCUACCAUCAAUCAUUUGUCAUUCACAAUAUAAUUUAGCAAUAACACUUUGAAUAUUACCUUGCAUCACUUCUUAGAGUACAUAUGCAAGUACCAAUAAAAAAAUUGGCACUAUUUUUAAUGAGAGAUAAAAGAUUAUGUACCUGUGUAUCAUUGAUCAGAUUUUAUUUGAGUGUGGAAAAUGAUAGCAGUAGGUAGCUGUGUUGACACAAGCACAGCUGGUAUAGAAUUUGUUAAAAUAACAGCAGCAAACCUAGAUGUCUGCAAUGUGGUCUCUCAUAUUAGAAAAUGUUCAUUCCAAAAGGUUCAACAACGAGGGCAAUUUUAAAAUAUCAAACUCAAAAAGGGGUCCCAAAACCCUUUGAAAUCUUUCUAGGGUACAACCCUUAAGUUGCAACAUGCUGUAUGACACAGAUCUAGAACAGCAUAGCAUGAAGGCAUGUAUAUUUUUCACCGUCAAUUAUGAAAACUGCUCUAUUGUUACGUAAUAGCCAACUCAAUUGCAUGGAUGAAAAAUGGACAUUUUAAAAUUUGUCUCAAGACCUUCUGUGGUAACAUGUGCAUAACACAGUUGGUAUAGAUCCAUUGCAGACUGUCAGAAUGCAGCUCAAUUUGAAGGGCAAAACAAUAGGUUUUCAAUUCUCAGGAGAUUGAAAUUCUUUGGUUUUGUCCUCCAACUUGAGCUGCUUUGACUUCACAUGCAGAGGCUUUAUUAGAUGUAAGAACCUUUGCGUCAGACUCAUAUAUAUACAUAAUGUAAUUACCAUUCAUUCAUUUAAUUACGACCAAACACUGUUAAGUUUAUAGUUCUCAAAACAUAAAAGUUGGUCAGAAAAUUAAUGCCAUAGAUGGCCAACUUUCCAGACAAGAAAGAUCAACUAAUAUAAUUGUUAUGUCGUGCAGGGACUGAAUACUUAAUGCUUUAGAUUUCAUGUUGCCGAAUGGAAAGCAUGACCCAAUAGAUUCCCGAUAAUUAUUAUAGUAUUACAACAACUUAGUGUUCAUCAUUGUGCUUUAAAUACAUGAAAAAAUAAAAUAUCUAUAAAAUGACUUAAAUUAGGCACCAAAAUUUGCAUGCAGUUUUAAAAUUAAAAAAUAAUUCUGUAACUUAGUUAGAAAUACUUCAUGUUCUAAAUUAACAGACCUUAUUCCUUUGGGUGUGUAAAUGUCCUCCCACUUUUCAGACCAUUACACAUUCUCUUGAGAAUAUAAGAUUCUUUGCUUGAGUUUUAUUCAUAUUCAUGGUUCUUCUCAUGCACAGCCACUAAACAAAGAAAUAAUACUCUAGGGAAUCGACCUGUGGUCUGAAAUGGGCAGAACAUUACACCAAGAUCAAAGAAUAAGGUCCAUCAAUCCUGCAAGACAUGACAGUUGAGAAUCUUUCUUCAUACAACCUAAGCCAUGUAAAAAGAAUACCAAAUACUAAAGAAACCAUGUAACAUAGUAAAUACCAGUCAUAAAAUAAUAUUAUACAAAUUACUAGGCCUGCCUCUAAUGGGCCGUCAAGAUGAAAAUAUGAUUAAACGUACAGAAAAAAUGAUCAUUUUCAGACAAA